AUAUAAACAAACCCAAACAACACUUCACCACUAUCUCAUAAUCUCUCAGUUCCUCUUUCUAACAGCCGUAAAUGACAGAAAUUCAUAAGUACAUGAUCGAGAACCCUAUGUUCGUACCAUACAAGCCAGAAAGACGAUAUUAUAACUCUUCUUCGUUGCUCUCCAUCCUAUUAUCGACACUCACUUACGUUUUGAUCUUUUACGUUUUUGAAAUAUCUCCAUCGUCCGUCUUCAAAGAUACAAAGGUUUUGUUCUUCAUAUCCAACACUCUUAUCCUUAUAAUCACCGUUGAUUAUGGCGCUUUCACUGGCAAGGAGAGGCACGACUUUUACGGUGAAUAUACUGCGGCGGCGGCAGCAGCGAUGAGACUCCGUGCAGAUAGCUAUACUCCAGUUCCCGUCUUCACAUACGGAGAAAACUCUAAGAACAACCGUAACGAUGUUGGAAUUAAGAACACUAAUGAAGAAGAGCCGAUGGUAAAAGAUAUUGUGUGUGUUUCAUUGCCUCCUGAGAAAAUAGUGAGCGAGGAAAAGUUGAGAGAAGAUGUAGCAAUAGAGGAAUACAAAACGGUUAGUGAAAAAAGUAAUGCCGUUAACGAAGAAAAUUGCAAAGCAAGAAACCAUGUGAACCGAAAAUCUUAUGGACGAACUAAAUCAGAUAAACCACGGCGGGUUAAGAUAACCGAAGAUACAAAGGCCAAACGUAGAAGCUAUCGUCGAAGCGAAUCUGAUAGCUCGAAAUGGAUGGUUGUUUCGCAGAAAUGGGAGAAUGUUGAAGAGGAAUCUGAAGAGUUCCCAAAGAUGUCGAACGAGGAACUGAACAGAAGAGUCGAAGACUUCAUCCAGAAGUUCAAUAGACAGAUAAGAUUACAAUCACGAGUUUCGUCUACAUGAUUUAAUUGCUCAUAGUAUAAUAAUGCUAGUAAGAGCUUUUAUUUUUUGUUUUUAUAAAGACUUUGUGAUGGGAUGACUAUUUUUGCAGUCGUCGGUGGAAAUUAAUAUACGACAUGAAAAGUAUCAUAUAAGUGACGACUGUAAAUAUUUGAUCCGUUGUUAGAAACAGUGUACUGUAUUUUAUCCCCUGAUUUUAUCCAAAACAUGAUAGUAUUGGUUAACUA